AUGGGGAUAUGGCCGUCCUCCAAGAGGAAAACUGCCAAGUCGAACAGCAAUUCAAAGGAUGCGUCACGGUAUUUCAGUAAUGGAAGCGCCCAGUCUUCGACUCUGUCGGUAGUGGAUAGCCAGCUUGACAAAGCCUUUGAUGCUCUGCGAAGUAGCGAUGAUCCGAAGGAUGCCAUAGGAGUGGAAUCAUCCAUGUCCUACCUCCAGGACCUAAACGUGAAUCUUGAGAAUGCUUCUCUAUUCGUUGCGUUGGAGCUGUUCCAGGCUCCGAGCAUCGGCGAGAUUACGAGAAAGGGUUUCGUCGAAGGAUGGAAGAACUCUGGUGUUUCAGUGACACGCCAAGGAUGCUCCUCGCAUAUUAAAUCACUCGUAUCUACCCUCUCGCACAACCCAUCCUACUUCAAGCAAGUAUACCGAUACGCCUUCGUCGUCGGCAAAGAGACCGACCAGCGCGCCCUCAGCCUCGAGAACGCCCUCGUCUUCUGGCCCAUGCUCUUCAGCCCUCCCGGAAUGGAGUGGAAAUCGCCCUCGUACGACUGGUUGGAGCUCUGGACGAGCUUCCUCAAGGAGAAGUGGACCCGUUCCGUUAACCGCGACAUGUGGAACAUGACUCUAGAGUUUGCGCUUCGUACCAUGUCGGAUGAGACAUUGUCGUUUUGGAGCGAGGACGGUGCUUGGCCGAGCGUUAUUGAUGAGUUUGUGACGUGGUGCCGGGAUACCCAGGGGAUUGGAAAAGGUAGGGAACAGGAUCACAUGGAUACCGCCGAUUAA